CGUUUUUGCCGUGUGAAGCUCCUGCGCUGCUGUCAGCGCGUAGAGCGCCCCAGAACUUUGCGCGAGGGCAACGACACACGACUCUUGCCGCAGCGAGCGAGCGCGCUGAGAACGCCGUCUAGCCGUCGUCGCGCGGCACGCACAAACCAGAAGCAGCCGUUUGCAACGAUGGUGAAGAAGCAGGGCUCCAAGACCACGGGCGGCACGCCGCCGAAGAAGAAGUUCGGCAAAAAAGCGGCGCCCGACACUUACGAGGCCGACAAGAAGGUGAUAGAGACGUUCUGCAAGCGGCGCGAGAACCGCGGGCUGGGCCAGAAAGACCUAGCGAGGAGGGCGUGCGAAAAAUUGGGUUUCAACGCCAUGUCGUUCAGCGCCGUGGAGGGCUACAUUAAAAAUGCGAAGCUGGUGUCCGCCGCGGCCAAGGCCGCAAACAAGAAGGCCAAAAUGCCGGCACACGCCAAAAUCGACCUGAAAACGGUGACGGUCAAGGAGAUGGUUAAGGAGGAGGACGGCUACGCCGUGCCGACCUACCCUUUAACUUUGACAUCCGAUAGCUCGACGAACAAGCACCCCAACAGCGCGCCGCUGCGCGGCGAACCGGUGCGGAUCGUCGGCGAGGGCAAGGCGGCCGUAGACGAUGCGCUAGAGAAGGCGUUCGACCGGAACCGCGUCAUAUUGAGCUACGUCGGCGACCACGGCGCCGAGUUCGCGGCGCUACUAGAAGACCUCGAGGAGAGCGAUCCGGAGCGCUACGAGCGGCUCGUCGCCAUAAAAGAAAAGUAUGACGACGUGCCAAGCUUCCGGUUCGAGACCGGCCGGCACGCCUCCGGCAUCCCGGGCGUCCAUCGCAUGAAACGCAAGGGCCAGCCCGACCGCCUCGUCAUCAUCAUCAAAGGUUCUCCUUUCGAGGGCGAUAGCGAGGACGACACGCCCGAGGGCCGCAAAAUAAUCGAGGCGAAGGUCGCGGGGAGCUACUCGAGGACGCUGGAGCGGGCCCCGGUGCUCGCCAAGGCCGAAGAAGCCCUCCAGAACGGCGCGACCGAGGAGUCGCUCGUCGCCGAGAGCGACUUGUCCUUGGUGCCGGGCGCGGAGCCGGGCGCGGCGCGGGCGUCGCGGGGCCGGGCCACGGAGCGGGCGCCGCGGGCGUCGGCGCCCAGGAAGCGGGCGGCGUCGGCGCCGGCGCCCACGACCAAACGGCCGAAGAGAGACGAGAUGGACCGGCUGGCCCAGUUGGCGUUGCGCCGGGUGCAUGCUGCUGCGGCGGCUGCGCGGCGCAAAGGCGUCGCGAUCGCGUUUACGGACGAGACCAUGCGCGCGUUCGAAAGAUUAUGCACGGCGUCCUCCAAGAAGACGCCGCCGACCGACCGGCCGACGGUCGAGAGUUACAAGGACGUGAUUCAGCCGCUGCAGGAGGCUUUAGAUGAGCUGUGGGACGCGCUGGACAUCGACUCGGAGUCAGUGAUGCUCUGGGGGCCGUGCCCGCCGACGGAGUGCCUCGGCCAGGCGCCGGAGACGAAGCCCAUGAUGGGCACCGCGUGGAACGCGGUCAUGGCGGGCGGCUGGGCGGGGGGCGUCAACGAUGCGUCGGAACACGACUCCUUCGUCGCGGCCCUCGACGGCCACUGCCGGGACCGCGGGCUACUGAAGCAUUUCCUAGAAAGGCGCUACGGGGCCGUGCUCACGCCGUAUCAGUACGCCGAGCUCGCGCCGGCGUGGUGCGUCGACGUCGCCAUCGACUUCAAUGAUAGAGAGAUGUCGGUGCCGGUGCUGGAGGGCGUCUUCCUGCGGCCCAAGGCGCUCGCGAAUCGCUGGCGCCACGGGAUGCGCCGGUCCGAGUGGGUCCGGUACAUGGGCGCUGGUCGCGUGGACGCUAUCGUCGCGCGCUACUCCGCGGCGACGAACCUGCUGCGCGCCGACGAGCACGCGGGCUUCGCCUAGUCCGUCCCGGGACGUUGCCGACCGCUGCCGCCAAGCCUGGUAGCGCUGUCCUUAAGAAGCUGUUACGUAACUCGCGAGUCUAUCUACGGGGAG